AUGGCGCCUCUUGGUGAAGACCACUACUGCCGACAGUUCCAGCCCAACACCUUUGACCCCUCCCGCUGCAGUGCGUGCCUGCGGCCAAAUCACAUGCACCUCAACAGCACCCCGAUGGAAUACGCAGAGGCAGAACAACCAGGCGACCUACAUGACUGGGAUGCCACCAUUGAUGAUGAUCUGUCAGAGGUGACCACAAGUGCCAGUAGUGAUGAUGUCAGUGGCGGUUGGACCUAUGAGUGGAGUCUGGUGCACAGCCUGAGUCCCGAACGGGAACUUGAGAACUGUGACGCUGACAUACAAUCCAGAUUUAUUGUGCAUCCGUCUUCAACUCAUUCCAGGUCUGAAGAUCAGUGGGGCUGUUCAGGGAGGGGCAGAUCCUCCAGCACAGGGAAGCUCUGUCCAGGUCAGACGGAGAUGACCCGGCUGGACCCGUCGCCACACCGAGAUACUGAAAGCUCCUGGAUGGAUGAAAGGGGGGGUAGAGAUAGAUCCCGUCGGGCCUCUGAAUCCAGAGGGGACAGGGGAAAAGAGAGUGGCUAUUUCUCCCCAGAAAGAAGAGGUGAUGGUGUGCCGCAGUUGGAUGAGGCCAGCAAGCGUUCGUACCGUUACUACGAGAGGGGGCAUCCCCUCCCAAGCAACUACGUCCCUGAGCCUAAGGCCUGCGUCCCCUACAGGAACGUCAGCCUCGGAUUGCCCUCUCAGAGAAGAAACCCCGAGACCUACAUGCAGGAAACGUGGAGAAGUGAAUCCCCGCAGAGGUAUACGUACCACUCCAACUUCAGACGAGGGGCUGACUCACAGAGAAGUUCUCCAACGCGCAACAGCUCUGUGAGUCCAGACCGCUACAAGGUGCACGAUUCUCCUGUCGGACCUCGGAGGGGGAGCAGCCUUUGUAGGACUCAACCCCGGGCUCACGCUUCGUCCCACAGCUCCUCUCAGCAUCCAUCUCAGGAUCCUUCACGUCACACGUCAGGCAGGUCCAGUCCUUCACGCGCCCGUACCGAAUCCCCAACUAGAGACGCCCAUUUUCACAGACGCACGGACUCUCUCCUUUCUCAAAGUGGGGAGUAUAAAUCACGGAAGGGUCACAGCCGAGAGUCAGGAAGUCCGUCACAAGCCUCAAACAGACACAGUCUGGACUCUGAGAAACUGUACAGGAAUCUUGAGUCCAUAUCCCGCCGUGGGUCCUCAGCAGCAAAGCAAAACUCAUGCGGUGGAUCCCGAGCAUCGCCUCGAACCAGAACGGCCCUGAGCAGCCGCGAAGUGUCGCCCCCCAGGAACACCAACGGCCCUCACGGCCACGCUUUACAGAGGGAGUCCGACUCCAGGGACAGCAGGCCGACUCAUUCUCAAGGCUCCUGGCAGGGGUCUUCGCACUCUUUGUUGAGUCUUCCACCGUCACAUGCAUCCUCUUCGUCCAGAAGGGCCACGGAAUGCGGGCUUCUGGGUGGCUCCCCGUCACACGCUCCGGCCACAGAGGCCGAUAGGGCUGGCGUAGAGAGUUACAAUGUCAGCACCGACAGAAGCAGAAGCAGCGUGAGGCGAGGCAUGGAGGCCUUGCUGAUCUGUGAGCCUCAAAAGACUCCAGAAGAACUUGAGGAGGCAGGGAUGACUAUGGAGGAUUACAUUCUCUUGGCCAAUAUACCAAAGAUCCAGGUGGAGUUGGAAGAAGAGUUUACAGGGCUGAGGUGGCGAAACCAGAGUCCCAGUCCAUGCAGGGACCCCAGACCCAGGACAUACAGGUAUCAAGAUGAAACAGACUUACACAGGUCAAGGGUCGAGUCAGAGGAGAGGGGGAGGGGCAGAGAGAGAGGAAGAGACAGACGGGAAAGAUGCCGCGACUCCGACAGUGGACGGUUAUCUAGAAGACAGUCAUCAGCAUCUCUUCAUACCCUGGCCUCAGAUGAUCAGAGUGGCAAACACAGAGCUGUGAGGGAGAAGCGGCGUGCGCCUGCAGAUUGCCCGCCGACACAGUACAGCAUGUUCGUAUGGUGUUACAUGAAGGGGUGGAUGUCCAAACUGGAUGAACGAGGCAAGUGGAAGAAGCACUGGUUUGUUCUCGGAGACACGUCUUUGAGGUUCUACAGAGACUCUGAGGCUGAGGAGUCAGACGACUUGGACGGAGCAAUUGAUUUGACAUCUUGUGUGCGUGUGUCAGACUGUGACGUCGAGAAGAACUAUGGCCUGCAAAUACAAAUGAGAGAUGAAGUUGUCACCCUGUCUGCAAUAACAUCCAGAAUUCGGCGAAACUGGGUGAAAUUACUCAAGCAGGCGAUCCAGAGCAACAAAAACCAAUCAGACUCGGGCAGCGAGAAAGAGAACCUCCUCUCCCGGAGACCAUCACCAUGCCAACCGCCUGAUCGUUUCACCUGCAGGGAUGAACCUGCUUCUUCCAGCUGCACCACCACAAUUGCGAACUCCAACCAGGAAGGCCACUGCCAACAAACCUUAGACGGAGAUCUGGGCGCAGAACUGUCUCCGACCGGUGAGAGGGAAGAAGGGGAGGGCUGGGACCGUGAGCAGGCAAAGCGACUAGAGGAGAGGAACAAGUGGUUUGAGGAGGGGGGCCCUCUCAGUGAGAUGGGCAGCCGAUGGGACUCCAUGGAGCUGAAAAAGGGCAGUGUACCCGUCCCUGUUAUUGACGCUCUGGACUCUGAAGUCAACAGGAAGUGGACAGAACUUGAGACAUUAUCAUUCAGUGACUUAAGUGCUCAGUCUCUCAUUGGACCCCAGGAUUACCAGUUAAGCUCUCUGCAAGUGUCAGAGUCUCCAGCUAGUUCACAAACCUAUAACUCAAGUCCUGGAGAUGCCGAACACUCAAUUGGUGGUGCCCAAAUGUGUGUCUCUGAUUCAAAGGAGGCUCUUAAACAUAUAAAUGGCGCCCAAGUCAUUCAAACGCCUACAGCUGAAGUUCUUCAUAAGGAGGCCAUCGCUCUUAGAAAGCAAGUCGAGAGCGCCAAGAAGGAGCGUGUGGCAAUGGGGGUAGAUGUCGACAGCCCCUGUGGCCCCAGGGCACCCUGCAGAGCCAAGCUGGAGGCCAUGGAGGCAGCCCAUAGGAGAGCCCUGCAGGAGCUGCAGGAGAAACAUGCUGGGGAGAUAAAGGAGCUGGAGGAGGAGCGAGACAGGAUGCUGCAGGAAGAGAGCCAAGCAGCAGCUAAAGCUAUCGAGGCACUCAAAGCAGCUCACAGGGAGGAGAUGAAGAGAGAGCUGGAGAAAGCCAAGUGUCUCUGUGGAGGAGCAGCACGCGUGGAUUCAUCAUACACAGGCCACUUGCCUCAGGCAGGUGUCCUGCACAGCAAGUUAGACGUGCUGUCCGAACGCUACUCUCAAAAGUGCCAGGAACUUAGCCGCACAGAGAGGAGCGGCAAGAGCCAAGAGUCGGAGCUAGACCGCAAGCAGAAAGAGCUGGAGCAGCUCCAAAGAGAGAACCAGGACUUGAAGAACAAACUGGCUGAAGAGAUAAGUCGAAUGCGUUAUUUCAUCACAGGGCAGAGGUUGGAUGUGGAUUCCAUCGGGAACACUGGGUGCACUUCCUCAGAUUUAGAGACACUGUUAAGGGCAAAGGAAAAUGAGGUUGAGUAUCUAAAAAGAGAAAUCAGCUGUUUACAGGACAAAGUGCAGUAUCUGACUAAGGAGAAACAAGAAGCUUAUAAGCACUAUCAGGAAGCCUAUGUAGAGCUCAGUGACAUGAGGGGUCGGAGCCAGCUGGAGUUGGGCUCCCUAAACGAACACUUGAGGCUGACCAAUGCGGCACUUCAGGAAGGAGCAAGACAUACUUAA